UUUCACUAGUGAGAGAAACGUCAUUUGAGCUUCACAAAAAAAAUGUCAUAAAAUUGAGUUUUUUCGUGAAUUUUGUGCAAAAUCAGAAGAGACGACGACCAGAGAAAUCUUUGAGAGGAAUUUAAAAUGCAUCUGGAGAGCAACUUUGCCGCCUGCUGAGUUGCUUUGCUUUUUGCAUCCGGAAGCGCGCGCCCCCAUUGCAGCUUUCUCCGGAGGAACAAAAUGGGUGACAAGGAUAUUCCCAGUGUUCCUAUCACGACACUGGCUGGAUUGACCAAUCUAUCUGACUUACUCAGUGAACUCCCAAUAAGUGAUCCAAAUCUUGUCACAUCGCUCCUGGAUAAAUCCCUUCUCUUCCAUCCGCGUGUGGCGGAGGAGGCACGUAACCUCCUGGCCGUGCAGGACACUAAUCGUGCUCAGCAGCUCAUAAGGGCUCUUGAGCAAACAAACACGGAUCACAUUGAAAUCCUGGACGAAUUUAACGUCCCCGAAGCGUCGUCGAGUUCGACGCAAAACAACGUCCCGGAACUGCUGCAGGCCAUCUACAAAAUCCGGCCAAAUGUCUUUCAGGAGGGAAGAUCAUCUUCUUCUUCUUCCUACGUUCAACAACAAACCCAACAACAACAACAACAACACCAGCAGCAGGUGCAUCAAACGGGACAUGGUGCACAGCAGCAGCAGCCGCAGCAAAUGCUUCAUCAUCAAAUACAAACAAACAUGCCACAGAAUCACUUAAAUCAAGCACUGCAGCAUCCAUACAAUUACAUGCAGCAGCCGCAGCAGCAGCAACCACAACAUUUCACAACACAAUCACAAGCCAUUAAUCAACCAUCAUUCAAUUCACAACAAUCGGUACAAUUGACAGGCGGUGCAGCUGCUGCUGGUACGAGUUCCAUUGUUAACUGGGCAUUGCCAGUGCAGCAACAGCAACAGCAGCAGCAGGUCUAUGUGCAGCAGCAAGCGGAACAGCAACAGCAGCAGCAGGGUGUUUACAUGGGGCAACAGCAACCAUCUGCAUCGUAUCAGCAACCAAAUAUAAUUCAGAGUACCAUGAAUUACGAUGGUUCGGUGCUGCAGACGCAGCAUACACAGCAAGCAGCAUAUGCUGCACUAUCAAUGCAUCAAGGGCAGCAGCAGCAGCAGCAAGUUCAUGCUGUGCAACAACCACAUCCAUCACCACAGGCGCACACAACGCAGCAAGUGCAGCAGCAACUCGUAAUGCCGCCGCAGCAGUCACCGUAUGAAGCACAAUACAGUGCUGCAGCUGCUGCACAGCACAGUCAGCAUCAAGCAGUGCAGCAUACAUCGGUGGUGGUGACACAACCACAGCGACAGACAAAUGUGGCAUUGAAGACACAAAUACACCAGCAGAGUCAGGGGCUGCAGCAGCAGCAACAGCAGCAGGCGAAUCAAUCCUUCACAGUAGCUUACAAUGCUAUUGUGGACAAUACUGUUGGGACUUUUGCGGCGCCACAACAGCAGCAGCAGCAACAGGUGCAACCACAGCAGCCGGUAAUUCAACAACAACAAGCAGUGCAGGUUAUCCAACAGCCGCAAUCACAGGCACAGCUGCAAACGCAACAACAACAACCUCAAGCACAACAAGGGGAAUCAGGUGGGGUCAUUCGGCAGCUCAAUGCGGAGCCACUAACGCAAAAAUUGGCACCACGUAACAACGAAUAUCUCGCACAGCAGCAGCAGAAUAAGAAUUUUGAUGCAAGAGGACAAUCUCCUGCACAAGCCGUGGAUGCAGUGAGUGUUGCGGAAUCUUCCAGCGUCAAUACGGAUUUGCGCUAUCCAAUGGUGAAGAACAGCAACAGCAAUGUGCAUCAGUCACAAGAGAAAUCUCCCGAUCAGCCAAUAAGCAAUUGUCUCCCGCCCAAGGGAAUGGAGGAGGAUAAAAAUGGGAAUUGUACGGAGAAUGAUAAAGCAGUGAAUGUUGACGAAGAGAUGGAUGAUGAGACUGCAAAGGCACUCGGUGGGCGAUUGGCGAAAGUUUGUCUCAAUCGUUUGACAAAGGAGGAUCUGGAAAAGACUUUGGGAGCAAUACCCGAGGAUGACUCUCUAUUUAGUAGAAUGAAGGCAAGUGAGAGGAAGCGAAAGGUGCCGCAGGUUGCAGAGAAGCCCGACGAGGAAUUGAUCACAAAACCAAAAUUGCGACGAAUUGAGAGGGUUCUAAUGCCAGUCCUGAAGAAAUUGGAUGACCACGAGCUGCUAAACUCGAAUACAUACAAUCACUUUAACACCACAAUGGAGAAGAUUUUCGAUCAACUCGAUGAGACUGAAGCGAAUUUAAGUUUCGAUGACUGUGAUGAUAACUACGAAUGCAUUUCGACGGCACUACUCAACAGCAUCAGUGCUGAGGCGGCAAAACUCAAGGCAAAGGGUUCCUUUGAGAUGGUGCCGCAGAAUAAGUUGUCACUGCUGAUAACCUACGCCAUGCGGAGUGUUGUCAAUGCGAAGAAUCUCACUGCGGGACCAGAUAUGCAGGAAGAGCCAAUGGCACGAUCGUACACCGAGAAAAUUGUCAAUGCACUCGAAGCAUCCUUGUUGAUUUGCAACAUUUACAGCUGCCUCAGUGUGAAGUUCCUCCAAGAGGAUAAUUUGGACUUUAUCAUAAAGUUCGUGCAGUUUCAGCUGCGUGAGACAAUUUUCCCCUCCUACGAUCCCGUUUAUUCGGUCGAAACAAAAAAGAAGGGUGAUACGAAGAAGAAGAAGACAGCCUACGGGCAAGUACGUGGUGUUGGGAAUAUCUACUCAAAGAUUGUCGAUCUCACAAAGGUUCUCGUGACGAUCUUCUCAAAGUUCCAAUUUGAAGACACCAUCGUUAUUCACGCGUCGGCAAUUGGUGUGGAGCCCUUCUUUGUGGAUAACAUCGAUACAAUGCAGUUUGUCUGUCUCGAUCUCGUCACAACGAUCUUCAAAAAUGAAAAAUACUCGAAACAUCGAAAUAACAUUCUGGGUGACAUCCUGACGUCCCUGGAUCGUCUGCAUGGCUCAAAGAAGAUGCUGCGACCGUACAAGUUGGCCAAUAACGGUGGGAACAUUCAGAUGGUAACUGCACUGGUGCUGCAGCUCAUUCAGUGCUCCGUCGUACUUCCGGACAGUAUGUGCGAGGGUACGAAUCACAAGAAGCGCCACAAUAGUAGCGGCGACCAGAAGCCACGUGCGGACAAGGAUUUGUUUGUGUCGGAGAAGUAUGAGACGGCAAAGUGCAUUGGGGGGAAUUUCCUGCAGACUUUCCUGAGUAAAUGCAAACCACGCUCCGGGGAGACGGAUUUCCGGCCGUUGUUUGAGAAUUUCAUUCAGGACUUGCUGACGACGGUGAAUAAGCCCGAAUGGCCCGCAGCGGAGCUCCUCCUGAGCCUGCUGGGGCGUCUGCUGUACAGGAAUAUGUCCGAUAAGUCCGUUGAGCAGAGCAUUAGGUUGGUUUCGUUGGAGUAUUUGGGUCUUGUGGCGGCACGCCUGCGGAAGGAUACGGUGGAGUCGCGGUGCAAAGUGAGCACGAUGGAUCAGCUGAUAAAGUACAUAAAGAUUGAGCAGGAAAAGGAGGGAGAUGUGGCGAAUGUGGACUCAAUUGCGCAACUUGAUCCCGAUGAGGAGCGCGUGGAGUUCCUGCAGAAGAUCCUGCUGGACUUUUUGGCUGUGAAUGCGCACGAGGAUAAUAUUUGGGAUCAUGCGAGGCAUUUCUAUCUCACACAGUGGUACAGGGAUAUCAUGAAUAGGAAGAAGGAGAUUGCCGAGGGCAAGAAGGGCUAUGCCACACGAAAGACGCCCAAAAAGAAGCGACGAAAUAAUUCUGAAUCAACGGAGAGCGAUGACGAUGACGAGAGUGAUGAUGAUGUUGUUGAGGUGGUGGUGGCGGAGAAGAAAAAGGGCACAACGGCGGUGGAUCAGGAAUUGAAUCUCGAGAUCUUUCGUAUCCUCGAUCAGAGGAAAAAGUACCUCAUUAAUAAUAUAAAAUCAUACUCACUAAACAGCUUUGCCGUGCAAGAUGUAAAGACGUACAUUGACUACAAUAAUGCUCAAUUAAUUGCCCAAUAUUUGAGCAGUCGACGAUCCUUCUCGCAGAGCUUUGAUCUCUACCUGCGAACAAUAAUAAAUGUCGUGUGGGAACAAUCAAUUGCCAUUCGCACAAAGGCAAUCAAGUGCUUGGGGAACAUUGUGGAGGUGGAUCCGUCGAUACUCAAGCGCAAAGACAUGCAAAUUGGGGUUAAUAACAAAUUUCUCGAUCAAUCGAUCGCCGUACGAGAGGCUGCUGUAGAUUUAAUAGGAAAAUAUGUGUUGACUAGUCCUGAAUUGAUUAAUCAGUAUUAUGAGACGCUCUCAUUUCGCAUUCUGGACACGGGCGUUUCAGUGCGAAAGCGCGUCAUCAAAAUUCUCCGUGACAUCUGCCUCGAGUAUCCGGACUUUGAGAAAAUCCCCGAAAUUUGCGUCAAGAUGAUACGACGCGUGAACGACGAGGAGGGCAUUCAGAAGCUCGUAACGGAAGUCUUCCUCAACAUGUGGUUCUCACCGUGCAACACAAGCGACAAGGCGGCAAUUGAGCGGAAAAUUACCCAAAUAACUGACGUUGUCAGCUUCUCAUUUGAGAAUACGCAGUGGCUCGAUGGGCUUCUCAGGAGUAUAUUCAAACCAAAAGAGAAUAAAGAAGACACAACAAAGACACCAAAAGAACCACCAAAGCAAAUUGUCACGGCGUGUGAGCAAAUUGCCGAUGGUUUGGUGGAUGCAAUAAUGAAGUUGGAGGGAACGGAUAGUCGCAAAUUGCUUGGGUGCAUCACAACGGUGCACUUGUUUGCCAAAAUACGUCCGCAACUUCUUGUCAAGCACGCCAUCACGCUGGAGCCGUAUUUGAAUAUAAAAUGCAACAAUUCCAACAAUAUGGUGAAAUUCAUGAGUUGUGUGGCGGAAAUUCUCGAGCAUGUUGUACCACUCAUGGAGCAUCCCAGUGAUUCCUUCCUUGCCGAUCUUGAGGCGCACCUAACGAUGCUCAUUGUGACGCAGAGUAGUAGGACAGUUGUGAGCAGUUGCAUCUCCUGCUUGGGUGCCAUUGCGAAUAAACUCACGAAGAACUACGCUCUCAUUCGGGAUUGUUUCAAGAAGUUCUUCUAUCCAACCUUGGUGGCGUGCAAGGAGAAAGUGCAACAGAAUCCAUCAUUCUCCCUCGAGAUGGCCUUCAAAUCGUCCAGCUUCCGUCGAAGUAUCUUCAUUGUUGGGCUCCUCAUGCGCUAUUUUGAUUUCAACAUACCCGAAGUCUACGGGGAGGGCAGUCGAAAUGCGCUACCGGCAAAGAUUUGCGAUGAAGUCUUCAAUACCUUCAUGUUUUACGUUGUUUGCAAUAAUUUGGACAUCAGGAAGGAGAUUCUCAAUGCUCUGGGGUAUUUUUGUGUGAAAAAUUACGAAUAUCUCACAAUGCCGGAGCUAAAGGACUUCUACAGGGAUCUCCUAACGUCUGACACAGUUCUCACGGAGAUUAAGGUGACUGUUGUGAAGAAUAUUCUGCUUUACCUCAAUGAAGAGGAUCUCCGGAUGGAUCUAAGUGAGAAGGAAUGGGAGAGUCAGGCAAAGAAGGAAGAUCUGAAGGAGAUGGGCGAUCAAAAGGCGGGAAUGGCGUCGAGAGUUAUUCAGUUGUACCUGAAGGAAAUAAUGAAUUGUUUCCUAUGUCGUGACAUUAAUUUGCGCAUUUGGUCGAUGAAAGUUGUCGAUGCUGUUCUCACGCAGGGUCUCGUGCAUCCCAUCCAAAUAGUACCUUACCUCAUUUGCUUGAGUACAGACUCGGAAGGAUUGGUCUCAAACUCAGCUGAUCGGCAUCUGCAGGAUAUUGAGAAGCAAUAUCCGGGCUUUAUUAAUAUGAAAGCUCAAUCAGGGAUUCAGCUUUCGUAUGAUCUUCAGCAAUUAUUGCAGGUCAAUGAGAAGACACGGAUCGUUCGAGGAUUCAGAGAAAAAUCAAAAGACGAACCACCGUCAGCACUUACGGGUUUCCUGUAUACACUCCUACGGAAUGCAAAGCCACAGAGGAGGGCACUUAUUCAGUCCAUUAUAAAGCGUUUUGACGAUCAGAGAAUAAAUCUGCGUCAAAUGCUCUAUCUCAGUGACAAUUUGGCUUACUAUCCGUAUGCCGUACAGGAUGAACCGCUCUACAUUAUUCAUCAGAUUGACGUUGUGGUCACGGUGACGGGGACGAAUUUGCUGAGUAACUUCCGCGAAGGACUCAAGCAAGUUCAACCAGAAAAUCCAGCCGAAGAACAACAAAAUAUCCUGGAUGAUGACGAUGAUGAUGACAAAGAGGCCAUCUUGAGUCGUCUUCCUGAGGAUUUGGCUGAUCUCCAGAAUUGCAUAACGUCAGCUCAGGGUUGUAUGCUCCUGUUGUUGUUGAAGCAACAUCUUAAGGAUUGCUACGGAAUCACUGAUAGUAAAAUAAAUCGUUACUCACCGUCAGAACCUGCCAAAAUCUACGAGAAAGCAAUGCAAAAGCGUGCAAUCUUAGAAUUUAAUCCAAAGUCAACGAUUGACUUGAUCAAAGAGGAAGAUUCCAUUGAGAUGGAGGUGGAUGAGAAUGUGAGGAAGAAGCUCGUUGAUAGAUAUCUGGAUUUCAAACAGUUGAUGCUGAAGUUGGAUCCAGAAGAUUCAGACGAUGAUGACGAUACAAAGCCACCAAUGACAACGGUUGUUGAUUUUGAGCAACAAAUUGACACAUUUGGCGCAACGCCCCAUGUAAAUAACGUAAUGAACAACUCCGUGCAGCCAAAUGCCGUGAAUAAUGUCGUUAAUUCGACAAAUCAACAACCAUCCUUUACGCAAUCAGGUACCGAUCAACACGCAACGUCACACCAAGCACACAAUCAAGUGACAACAAAGACACCAAUUAAGGCGACUCCAGUGAAGAAACCACCUCCGAGGAAGGCGCACACGAAGAAGAAGAAGAAAAUUGUAUCUUCCAGUGAAGAAGAAGACUACGACAACAGUGAUAGUGAUUAUUUAUAAAUCCUUAAGGGAAGACGUGUUGCAAAAAAAAAGAGUGAGAAAGAAUGGAGAAAAAGGACAAUUAAAGGACUCGUUAAAGGAGCAAAAUAAAAAGAAAAUUUCAAGUGCGCGAGUAUUCCAAUUUAUUUGUGUAAUAAAAAUAGAAUUUUAUUUCCCAAAUUUAAUUUCAACUAAAAAAGAAAAAGAAUUUUAAUAAAAAGAAAAUGAAAUAAGAGGUGUUAGUUGUAAGAUAUUUUAUACAUAAAAGAAAAUGAAGAACCUCCUAAAUUAAAUGAAAAAGAAAAAAAAAGAGAAAAACUUUCUUAAAAAAAUAUAAAAUAAAUAAAAUUUAAAUGUAUAGAGGAAAAUCAUAAAUAUAUUACCCAACACACACAUUUACUAAAUUAACAUUUAUAUAUAAAAUAAAAUAAGGAUAGUAGAGAUUUUAAAUAUAUAUUAUAUAUAAAAAUAUAACCCCCCCUCUUACCUAUAUAUAGAACGUGUGUAGAGAAUAUAAUUUAAAUGAAAGAAAAAAAGGAAUCAUAAGAAAAAGGGCAAACGGAACUUAAUUUAUUCUAUCGAAAUUAUUUUUUUUUAAUUAAUAAUAAAUAAAUAUAAAAGAAAAUUCAUUGAGGGAAGUCUUCGUGUGAGAGAGAAAAGAGAAAUUUUAAUGUAGAAAGAGAGAGAAAAAAAUAUUAGAUUAAUCCACAAUUUACGGUGAAGUUAUUGAAGGAAAAGCAAGUCUUUAGAAUUUAGUGAGAAAAUAACUUUAAAAGAAAAAUCCUUUCCUCCUUAUUAUUUCCUUUCAUCAGUGAGAGUUUUCCUUUUUCAUUUAAAAUAAAUCGUAAAUUUUUAGUGCGAAAUUUAUUAUUUCAUCGCGGAAUUUAUAAAAUAAUAAUAAAAAAGAAAUAUUUAUGACGAGAAAAAAAUCACAAAAAAUCCCUUUGAAAAAAAAAAAAGAAAUUUAAUGUGUUUUCUAUUUUUAUAUGUGUAAAAUUUAAUAAUAAAACAAAAUUAGAAAGAAAUGAUAACUUUUAGAAGGAAGCGUGAGAGAGUGAAAAAAAAAUAUCAAGAUGUAUUAAAAAUGCCCUCAAAGCAAAAGAAAAAAAAUUAAUUUAUUGAAAAAAAUGAUGAGAUAGUAAAUUUUCACACAGAUAAGAAAAUCUAAAAAUAUAUAUAUAUAUAUUAUAAAAAACUCGAAAUUAUGCGGAAAAAUCGCGUUAAAAUUAAAAAUUGUAUUAAAGAUAAAAAAUAAAUGGAAAAUAAUUAAAUGAAAAACACCCCCACAUACACAUAAAACAAUCACAACUCAUUAAAAAAAAUUUGUAUAAAAAACAGAGAAGAUGAAUUGAGAAAGAAGAAUUCUGUAAAAAUAGUUUCAAUUGAGAAAAUUGUGACUUAUUGUGAGAAAAAAUAAAUAAAACAACAAAAAAAUAAUUAAAAAGAAAAAAAUGUAGUAAGGUCGGGGACAAUGGGGGGAUGAAUUAUGUAUAAAAAAAAAGAAAUGCAGACGAAAUAUAAAUUGAUGAAUUAA